AUGAAGCUCCCGGGCGCGUCACCCCUGCAGCAGCAGCACCCGCCGCCACAGCAGCAGCAGCAGCAGCAGCAGCAGCAGCAGCAGCAGCUGCACCCCGGCGCCUUGCCGCUUGGCAUCAAGCGGGCGUCGCCCGAGCCGCCGCCGCAUGCGGCGGCCCACCUGGACGGCGGCCAGCUGCAGCAGCCGCACGACCUGGCGCCGGCGGGCGCGGCGCCGGACGACCCCUCAGCGCCCCCGAAGCGCCCCAAGCUGCUGCUGGGACGGCCCCUCGCCGCGGGGGGCGCGCCCGCGGCGGGCGGCGCGCACGACGGCGGCGGGCACGCCAACGGUCAGGGCGGGGGCGGCCAGGAGCACCACCGUUUCCAUUAUCAGCAGCAGCAGUGA